UACAUUCCUAAUUCUCUUCUUACCUUCACUUUGCCUCCAAUUGCACCAUGGCUCAUGACCUGAGGACCGAGGAACUCAAGAAUCCAAUCGAUGUCGCCGAGUACCUCUUCCGACGACUGCACGAGGUCGGCGUCCGCUCAAUACACGGCCUGCCCGGCGACUACAAUCUCGUAGCCCUCGACUACAUCCCCAAGGCCGGCCUCAAUUGGGUCGGCAACUGCAACGAGCUCAAUGCUGGCUAUGCGGCAGAUGGCUAUGCGCGCAUCAAGGGCAUCUCCGCCAUCGUCACUACUUUUGGCGUGGGAGAGCUCUCCGCUGUCAAUGCAAUUGCGGGUGCUUAUUCCGAAUAUGUCCCUAUCGUUCACAUUGUUGGCUACCCGUCUACAAUCGCCCAAAAGGAUGGAAUGCUCCUGCACCACACUCUCGGAAACGGCGACUUCAAUGUCUUCUCGAGGAUGUCGAGGCAGAUAUCCUGUGCCGUCUCGCUCCUCAAUGACCCUCAUGAAGCAGCAGUGCUGAUCGACAAUGCAAUUCGGGAGUGCUGGCUAAAGUCCCGGCCCGUGUAUAUUUCUCUACCCACAGAUAUAGUCCAGAAGAAGGUCGACGGAGAUAGGCUCAAGACGCCGCUGAACCUAAGCUACCCAGACAAUGAACCCGAAAAGGAAGAUUAUGUCGUUGACGUCGUCCUCAAGUAUCUCCACGCCGCCCGCAACCCCAUCAUUCUCGUCGACGCCUGCGCUAUCCGUCAUCGCGCUCUCGAUGAGGUCCACGAGCUCAUUGAAAAGUCCGGCAUCCCCACUUUUGUCGCUCCGAUGGGAAAGGGUGCCGUCAACGAGACCUUCCCCAACUACGGCGGUGUCUAUGCUGGCGACGGCAGCAACAAGGGCGUCCGCGAGCGCGUUGAAUCGGCUGAUCUCGUCCUUAGUAUUGGCGCCAUCAAGUCCGACUUCAACACCGCAGGUUUCACCUACCGCAUCUCACAACUCAACACCAUUGAUUUCCAUUCCUACGGUGUCAAAGUUCGGUACUCGGAAUACCCUGGCGUGCGUAUGAAUGGUGUGCUCAAGAAGGUCUGCCAGAAGAUGGGCAAACUCAACAUCGAGCACGGACCAAAUCCCAACAACGAAAUCCCAGAGGUCGAAUUGCUUUCCCCAGAGCCCACAAUCACACAAGCCUGGUUCUGGCCACGUCUUGGACAGUGGCUGAAGGAGGGUGACAUUGUCAUCACCGAGACUGGAACCUCGAACUUCGGUAUCUGGGAGACCCGCUUCCCGGCCGAUGUCAAGGCGAUCUCGCAAGUCCUCUGGGGUAGCAUCGGGUACGCCACCGGCUCGUGUCAAGGUGCCGCUCUCGCCGCAAAAGAAAUGGGUAUCAAACGCACCAUUCUCUUCACCGGCGACGGCUCCUUCCAACUCACCGCACAAGAAGUCUCAACCAUGAUCCGCAAUAGACUCAACCCCAUCAUCUUCGUCAUCUGCAAUGAUGGCUACACCAUCGAGCGCUACAUCCACGGCUGGAAGGACUCAUACAACGAUAUCCAGCCUUGGGACUACAAGGCUCUUCCCGCUGCGUUCGGUGCGCCCAAGGAUAAGUUGCUGACGUAUCGAGUGAGCUCUAAGCGUGGCGUUGAGGAGCUGUUCAUGGAUAGGGAAUUUUCUAGCGGCGAUACAGACAAGUUGCGGUUUGUUGAGUUGGUGAUUCCGUGGGAUGAUGCGCCGGUGGCGCUGAAGAGUACGGCCGAGAGUGCGGCGAAGCGGAAUGCUGAAGCGGCUACGUAGAGGAUGAAAGUGACAUGAAUGGCAAUGAGAUGAGAUGGAAAGCUACAAUAUGAGGUUGACCUUCAAGAGUAGCGGAAUGAGAUGGAG